CAUUGGCCGGCGGGGUGUCUUCCGAGCGCCCUGAUUGGACCUUGGACCUGUCAGACGACAUCUUGGAACGACAAAGAGUUUGAAACUGCAGCAGAAAUGAAGCACUACGAGGUGGAGAUUCUGGACGCCAAGACCAAGGACAAGCUCUGCUUCCUGGACAAGGUGGAGCCCAAUGCGACCAUCGGGGAGAUCAAGUCGAUGUUCCAUAAGAGCCACCCUCAGUGGUAUCCCGCCAGACAGUCCAUUCGUCUCGACCCCAAGGGGAAGUCACUGAAGGAUGAAGACGUGUUGCAGCACCUGCCUGUCGGUACCACGGCAACCUUCUACUUCAGAGACCUCGGAGCGCAGAUCAGCUGGGUCACGGUGUUUCUAACGGAGUAUGCAGGUCCUCUGUUGAUUUAUCUGAUGUUUUAUUUCCGGGUGCCGUUCAUCUACCCACCAAAAUACGACUUCACCACCAGCAAACACUGGGUCGUACACUUGGCGUGUAUGUGUCACUCCUUCCACUACGUUAAGAGACUACUAGAGACUCUGUUUGUCCACCGCUUCUCUCACGGGACGAUGCCGCUCCGUAACAUCUUCAAGAACUGUACAUAUUACUGGGGAUUCGCUGCAUGGAUGGCUUACUACAUUAACCACCCGCUCUACACGCCACCCACUUAUGGAGAGCAGCAGGUGAAAAUGGCGCUCAUCGUUUUCCUGUUCUGCCAGAUUGGCAACUUCUCCAUCCAUAUUGCACUGAGAAACCUACGACCUCCAGGCUCUAAGACAAGAAAGAUUCCAUAUCCAACUAAAAACCCCUUCACCUGGAUCUUUCUGCUGGUGUCCUGCCCCAACUACACCUAUGAGCUGGGUUCCUGGCUGGGCUUCACUCUGAUGACUCAGUGUCUGCCGGUGGCCUUCUUCACUCUGGUGGGUUUCAUCCAGAUGACCGUGUGGGCCAAAGCGAAACACCGCAGCUACCUGAAGGAGUUCCGCGACUACCCUCCUCUGCGCUCGCCCAUUCUACCCUUUAUACUGUAGAACCGUUCCAAUUCGCAUCCAUCCACCCUGCACUCGUCCCCUAACCCCUCCUAAAAACCCUACCAUCGCCAACUUCCCCUGCUUACUCGUUUCCCCAAUGACAAUCUGGCCUAAAUCCCAAAUCCAUGCUUCUAACCCUUGUUCCCUAAACCCUUCCCCUAAGGUCCCUCUCACAGAGAUAGUUUGGUGACGAACUAAAAGUCACACUUUUCCCCUUUACCCCAAAUGUUGAUCAGCCAAGAUGUCUGUCUAGUGUCUGAAGUUUGCUUCUUAUUAGUGCUGUGAGGCUAUUCUAGCAAACAAGCGAUGGAAGGUUACAUACACCAAUUAUCAUUGUGCCACCUUUAUGCCUACAUCAUCACACGCUUGCCUCAAACCAUGUUAAGUAAUGUUACAUAGACUUUUUAUGUGGUUUCUGACACCGUAUGACACAUUGAGUGUGUUUACAUGCACUUAAUAAUCCGAUAACUGCAGAAAAUCUGAUUUUGUCAGAAUCUGAUCAACGCGUUUAUAUGCACUUGAUAAAUCAGACAAUGGGAAAACUACAGGUGUACUUGAGUCAGGCAGUAAUCGGACUUCUGCUUUGUAACCAACCAAGAAACUCACAGAAGAAGAUGAGACGCAAACGUAAUGUCAAACUCAAACUUCAGGCCGUGGCUUUUUUUUAAGCAUCGAGCCACUUUACCUGAAAAUAUGAACUUACAUCAUCUACAAGAUGAAGACUGUUUAAAUCCUUCAUUUCAUCAAGCAUGUAGUCGGUUUCAGUGUCACUCCGAAAGUGUUUUGCUGCGUCUCGCGGUGAUGCUGCUCGCUUAUUUCUGGUACCGCGGUCUGUUUUCGCACAUGCACAGACUGAGAAAUCUGAAAGAAAUCAGAGUAAGAGUCCACAUGCACUGAGAAAUCUGAUUACUGAGCUAAAAUCCAGCUCUCUUUAUCGGACUUCUUCACCAGAUUUCUAGGCCUUACUCCAAUCUAAGAAAUUGGAGUAUGCUGUUUACAUUACCAUUUAAAUAAUCAGAUAACGGCAGACAUCUGAUUAUGAUCGGAUUAUAGAGUGCAUUUAAACGCACCCACUGUUAUCUAUAAAUAUGGACUAAAAUGAUCUGCAUUUGGAGUAAGGGGAAAAUUGUGUAUAUGCCAUUUUUCGCUAAACUAUUACUUCAAAAUAAUAAAGUCCACAGUGUAUUUCUCCAUUAACAUCAGGGAAAAUAAAGCUGUCUAAUAGUUUGGGGUGCAAAUGAGGGGUCAGUGCUCAUUCUACUCCAGCACUUUUCAGCUUUAUCUCUGUCUACUUCAUUUGUAGCAUAUGGUUGAUUAACAUAGGCAGUAAUUUUCCUUUGUUAACUUGCUUGUAAUACAUGCUAAUGAGGUGUUUCACCAUCUGCCCAUUGACUUUUAGUAGGAAUAAGUGUUUUCUGUUCUUUUCCAAGUAUGAGAGGGAAAACAUUGUCCUUGGUGAUCAAUCUUAUGCUACAGGUGCAGCAGAUAGAGAUUAGGUUUACAAACGCUGGAUUCUCUUAAUGGUACUGGAAGUAUUUCUGUAUGUAAAGACUACUAAAAGGCUGAUUGCUCGGAUUACAGUAAUUGUUUUACAGUCAGUUUAAAGCUUUGUUAUUUUAAUUGUAAAAUAAUUUCAGGCAGUACUGAUGUUUGAAAAAGCUCUUCUGGCCUUUUCUAACCACGACUGUGUUCAGCAACAUGUACUUUAUCCAAAACCAGCUAGUAAUGCUAACGGGCUACACUAAAGGCUAAUAAAGGCUGAUUAACCAUAAAACAGAAUACAAACUUGACCUGACAGAGCACAAAGUUGGAAUAUCAUUGUUCUUGGUGAUGAUUUUUUUUUUUGUUGAUUUGUAAACAAAUUUGUUGAAAAAAACCAGAAAAUCAAAGACACUUUGUCUGAACUCUGUUUACCGAUAUUAAUGUUUACAUUAGAAAUACAUACUAAAUAUUUUCUG